GCGUCACUUCUUUUGGGCUACCAGGGCUUCCGUAUGAAAUGCCAGUCAUUCUAAACAACAUGAUAAGGAAGUGAAGCUGGUGGAUUUUGUCGAACGAAUUUUCUCAUUUUCAGGAUGGAAAAAAAUAUGUUUUUUACAGUUUUUGUGUGUUUUUGUUUAUUUUGUUCACAUGAAUCGACAGCUGAGGAUCAGCCCAUUCAAACGUUUGUCAUUCCUCACAGUCACAUGGAUGUUGGCUGGGUUUACACCAUUCAGGAGAGCAUGCAUGCCUAUGCAGCUAACGUGUACACCAGUGUGACCCAGGAGCUGUCAAAGUACAAAGAUCGAAGGUUCAUCGCUGUGGAACAGGAGUUCUUUCGCCUGUGGUGGGACACUGUCGCCUCAGACUCCCUAAAGAAACAAGUUCGACAGCUUGUGACAGAAGGUCGACUUGAGUUCAUCAUCGGAGGCCAAGUGAUGCAUGACGAGGCCGUGACGGAUCUGGACGAUCAGAUCUUGCAGAUGACGGAGGGCCACGGGUUCCUGUACCAGACGUUCGGGGUUCGCCCUCGUUUCUCCUGGCAUGUGGAUCCAUUUGGAGCCUCCGCCACCACGCCGGUCCUGUUCGCUCUGGCCGGGUUUGACGCACACCUCAUCUCCCGCAUCGACUACGACCUGAAACACAGCAUGCAGAAAAACAAGAAGCUACAGUUUGUGUGGCGAGGUUCGCCCUCUUUAAAAGCCAAGCAGGAGAUCUUCACCCACACCAUGGACCAGUUCAGCUACUGCACGCCGUCACACCUGCCAUUCUCCAGCAGUUCUGGUUUCUAUUGGAACGGCAUCGCCUUGUUCCCAGACCCUCCUAUAGAUGGUGUCUACCCCAACAUGAGCCUCCCCGUCACCAAGGAGACGGUACAACUCUACGCCAAGACCAUGGUGGAGAACAUCAAGCAGAGGGCUGCUUGGUUCAGGACGAGCCACGUUCUCUGGCCCUGGGGGUGUGACAAACAGUUCUAUAACUCUUCAGUGCAGUUCAGAAACAUGGAUCCUCUAAUGAAGUACAUCAACCAGAACAGCAAAGAGUUCGGUGUGACGGUUCAGUACGCCACGCUGAGCGAGUACUUCCAAUCCGUCCAUCAGACAAAUCUCUCCUGGGAUGUUCGUGGGGCUGAAGACUUUCUUCCUUAUUCGUCUGAGCCGUACCAGGCAUGGACGGGGUUUUACGCCUCCAGGAACGUUCUGAAAGGAGUGGCGAGGCGGGCCAGUUCCCAGCUGUACGCAGCAGAGUCUCUUUUCACCCGUUACAGAGUCAGCUUCCCAGAUGGGCCUGUAGCGAAGGACUGGGCCCUGGAAAAACUCCGAGCUCUGCGCUGGGCCGUCUCAGAGGUCCAGCAUCACGAUGGCAUCACUGGUACGGAGUCUCCUAAAGUGGCUGAAAUGUACACACAGCACCUCGUCCAGGCCAUGAUGGGAGUGGACGAGCUUUUAGCCGCGCUCUUUCUGCUGCCGCAUAACCUCGCCGCCUCCAACAUCCGGGACACGAACUUCCACAGAAAAGAUGCUGAUCAUAGUUUGGAGCAGCAUGUCAUCAUUUACAACCCGUUAGCCUGGAAUGUCACCACCAUGGUUAACGUUACCAUAACAUUCCCAAGUGCGAUCGUCUACGAUGAUGACGGACAGCCGGUUCCUGCACAAAUCCAGCGUUCAGCACAGUCCAACAUAUCCUACGAUCUUUUCAUCCUUGUGGAACUGGGCGGCCUUCAGCACAAGAAAUACUUGAUCAAGGUCUCUGGGACACCAUGCUCCAAGAAAUCCAAAUGUUUGAACACGUAUGAAGCAAAAGCAGCAGUGUUUGAGAGGCGUAGUGUGAAGGACUGGAGGAAAACAGGACGGCGACUUCUACCAGUCCUGAGUGAAAGUUACAAACUGAUGUUUGACCGGGACACCAAUCUCCUGCACAGCAUCACCUACCUUCAGGAAAAUAGACGAGUUAGAAUGACACAGGAUUUCUGGGAAUACAAUGCAAAUGGAGACGUAAAAGCUGGUCCCAUCUCUGAUAACUACAUCUUCAGCGCCAACGGCUCGGCUGUUCGGGCCUACAAGGCUGUGGCGAUGGAGAUUAUCCCAGGAAAGAUUGUUACUGAGAUCAGACAGUACUUCUACAGAGAGGACGGUGAUGAAGACUACGCUUUCUCAAUCACUACCCGUGUCCCUGAAUGUUCUGGGACCGUACUGCAGUGCCACAGGUUGGAGCAGAGCUACUCACUAGGUCCCCUUCAUAUCAACACCGAGGUAGUACUCAGGACCAGCUCGUCCCUUAAGAACAACAGAACUCUGUACUCGGAUGACAAUGGCUACCAGAUGAUGAAAAGGAUAUACAAGAAAUUCCCCAAUAACACUUUAGCAAGGAAUUACUUCCCCAUGGUUCGGACAGCCUACAUUGAAGAUGAUCUCAGUCGUUUGGUGCUCCUCAGUGACAGAGCUCACGGUGUGUCCAGUCAAGCCAACGGACAACUAGAGGUUAUGCUCCAUCGACGGCUCUGGAAUAAUUUAGCCUGGAAUCUUGGCUACAACCUGACUUUAAACGACAGCUCGGUGGUGACACCAACCCUUUGGAUGGUGCUGGGCUCUGUAGGCGCCACCUCCAAACUGCAUCCGCGGGGAGCAGUAGAGCUGCAGCACAGACCUGUCAUCAUGCCAAUAGACCAGCCUCGGCUGCCCCAGAAGGAGAAGGAGCUCACACUGAGUACCCCGGUGCCUCCGGUUGUUCUCCCUCCCAACCUCCACCUGCUCAGCCUCAGCAUCCCAGGCUGGAACUACAGCUCCCAUCAUAGCAUCCACCUCAGCCACAUUCACUCAAGUACAGACUUGGUCUCUGAGCCAGACUUUGAUCGGGUUUUGCUGAGAAUCAUGCAUCUGUUUGAGGAGGAGGAAGACCCGGAGCUAUCAAAGCCAGUCACUAUAAACUUAAAGGAUAUUUUGCGAGGCAUUGGGGAAGUGACGGUGCUGGAGGAGCGCUCUCUCACAGGGACCUGGGAUGUCACAGGUCUGCAGAGGUGGAAGUGGAAAACUGCUGAUACUUUAGCAAAAAAGAAUGAAUCCUGUCCGAGCAGUGGAGAUGAAGACUUUACCGUGACCGUCUCACCCAAAGAGAUCAGGACCUUCUUUGUCCACUUCAGCUCCAGGAACCUUUAGGCUGGCUCUUCUGAGGAUCCAUGAUCCUGCUUUCAAAGAUGAAAUCCUCAGUUACUCUGAUUUAAUUUACUUCGUGCACAAAAUGCUGAAUUUGUAAGGAGGCGAUUUGCUGAUCCUGGACUUGUGGAUCACAUUAAGUAAAGUGUUCCGCCCCCCCCCCCCCCCCCCCCAUUUGUUUUAAUGCCUUUUUCGUUUUUUCCAAAGAAUAAAAGCCAUGUCUUUACUAAUGAGGUAAAUACGCCAAUCGACAUGAAUAAAAGAUUUGUGGAUAUUA